AUGUCAUUUAAUUCAACUGAAAAUUCUACAUAUAUUGCUGUUGAUGAUCCUGAUGCAUAUUCAUUGAUUGACGAAACAUUUAUUCGAUAUCCGAUUAUCAUUGCCUAUAUUUUUGUUUUUGUUGUUUGCCUUUUUGGUGAGUGAUUAGGAAUGGAAUAAAACUGGAAAUGGGUAAAAUAAUGUGCGAAAAUUAAUAUGCAGAAAAGCUUAGUAAAAUCUGAAUAUUUUAAAUUAGAGACCGAAAAAAAUGAAGACGACCAAGCAGCCUCCACGACCCCAAAAUAUUGUGAAAAUUCAAAAAAAGUUCCAGGUAAUCUUCUCACAAUUCUGGUGAUAACAACACACCCUCUCAUGAAAACGGCAACCAAUUUUUUCUUGGCCAAUCUGGCAGCUGCUGAUCUGCUAGUCGCGAUUUUUUGCAUCCUUCAAAAUAUGAUUCAUAUCGUCGGAUUCAAUUAUGGACAUUGGCCACUUGGAGAAGUCCUUUGCAAACUGUAUCUUUCCGUUUUACACAUGGUUCCUUGCACGAGUGUUGGGAUUCUUUUAUGUGUUUCACUUGAAAAAUAUAUCGGUAAUGGAAUUUUCUCAAAUAUUUUUUAAGCGCAAUAUUUUCAGCUGUUCUUCAUCCAUUGACGGCUCUCAAAAUUCUCACACAUCGUCUUCGGGUUACUGUAACAAUCUCAAUUUGGAUUGGAAGUAUCCUUCUGAAUUCGCCGUUUUUCCUUUAUGCAAAAUUGAUCGAAUAUCCAGAUGGUUCGAAUGCUUGUUAUCGUGAAAAAAUGCCAGUUUGGGUAACAGUUUCAUUCUUCAUUUGGUACACAAUUCCUGUCUUUGUCUUGGCUGGAAUUUAUUUGAGAAUUGGUAGAUUGUUAUGGAUAACUGGAAGUAACCGAACAAGUACAAGACAAAGUUCUGAUUCGCAAGGAAGUCUAGGCAAAUCUUUGAAAUUGGCAAAUGGUCGAGUGAUUGUUUUUCAACAAGAAAGUUUGUUGAAUGUUCCACAAAAUAAUGAAAGAAAAUCAACAAAUAAAAGACCAAAAGAUACAGAAGGAAGACGGAAAGUUGUUCGAUUAUUAUUUGCUGUGGUUUUAUCAUUUGCAAUUUUGACAUUACCACAACACGCAAGAUUAUUGUAUACAGUAAGUUCUCAGGCCAAUGCAUCAUUAUAAAUAUUUUUCUUUCAGAGUUGGUCAAGUAAUCAGCUUUUCCUUCAUCAAUGGACAUUUUUCCUUCAACCAGUCUCAUACAUUCUUCUCUUCGUCUCUUCUGCGAUCAAUCCAAUUCUCUAUGCUCUACUUUCAAAACGUUUCCGUGACGCGGUUUCCGAUGUUAUUCACUGUCGUAAAGGUGUAUUCUCAAAAAUGUCUCGUUCACGAAACAGGACACUUGUUUCUGAUGUUCCUGGUGAAGAUUCGAGAUGUCCAAGUCCACAUAUUGGAAUAAGAAUGCAAAGAUUAAGGCAACUACAACCUCAAUAA